AGAGAAAACUAGUAGCCGCGAUAAAGAGAGAAAAAGACGAAAAAGAGAAACAGAAAAUGUGUAAAGAGAUAUGAUAUAAUAUAAUGCAAAAUGAAAGACACGCUACUUUAACUACCGCUGGUGAUGUAUAGGCGAACACGUUUUCACGGUGUUUCAAUGUGUUGAUGGAGUUGAGGAUUACUACUAAUAAAUAUUGACACACAUGAUCAUCAGUGCGAAGUGUGAAGUCCUUUCUUGCGAAGAAAACCAGUGGAGCUACAGUGAUAAAGUCAUUGCUGCAGAAAACUGAAAUGAGGAGGGGCCCAAAGCUGUGAGGACUUUAGGAAUGACCGGGGUCACAUCUCUGCUGGAGCGCAGUGUGCAUCUGGAGCUGUGGAUGUGCAGGAGCGAGCUGAGCUCCCUCCCAUCCCACUUAUCUGAGGAGAGACGUGCACUGGUCACACUGCUGAAGGUCUCCAGAAGAAGCAACAUUCCAGCUCUAGCACUCUGACUCUUCUCGUCUUCUAGGGACAUGAAGCAGCACUGUUGUACCACGUGUGGAAAGAAGUGUCCCACAGCCUGGGAGCUGAAGAGGCACCAAACGGUGCACUCGUCAGAGAGGCCCUUCACAUGUGACACGUGUGGGAGGUCAUUCAAGACUGAGCAGGUCCUUAAACUGCACAAACUCACUCACUCUGGAGUACAGUUCAAAUGUGGCCAGUGUGGGAAUGUAUUCAUCAGCCAGUCCAAACUAAAGGCCCACCAGAGGUUUCACACGGGGGAAAACUUGUUUAGCUGUGACCUGUGUGACAAGCAGUUUGCAGUGAGAUCUCGGCUGAUUCAUCACAGGCGCAUUCACACAGGAGAGAAGCCCUUCACAUGUGAGCAGUGUGGGAGGAGCUUCAGGGUGAAGAGCCACCUCACCCUGCACCAGAGGAUCCACACUGGUGUCGGCCUCUUCAGCUGUGACCAGUGUGACAAGAAGUUUCCCACCAAACAGCAGCUCCAGGCCCACGGGCCUUUCCACACAAGAGAGAAGGCUUUUGAAUGUGAGCUGUGUGGCAAGUCUUUCACAGCAAAAUCCACAUUAUCAAACCAUAGAAAGAUACACACCGGAGAGAAGGCCUUCUCCUGCCACUUGUGUGGGGCAUCAUUCAUCUUACAAGCUUCUCUAAAAAUACAUUCAGUCGUACACACACAAGAACGAAACUACACAUGCAACCAAUGUGGGAAAAGUUAUGGACAUUAUUCACAUUUAAAGAAACACAAACUCAUUCACAAGGGAGAGAAGAAUCACAAGUGUGAUCAGUGUGGAAAGGCCUUUCUGAACCAGGAGAGAUUAACCCGACACAAGCACAUUCACAGCGGAGUACGCUUCCCGUGUGAUGAGUGUGGAAAAUGUCUUUCCAACUACGCCGAAUUAAAAAUCCAUCAACAAAGACAUUCAGGCAGUAAUCUUCUCUUCUGUCAAACAUGUGGCAAAGCAUUUGUGAGACUAGAUCGUUUAAAAAGACAUGAGCUCUCCCAUUCCACAGCUCGGCCUCACGUUUGUGACCAGUGUGGGAAAACAUUCAAAAGGAAAGAUGGCCUGGAAGCCCACAUUCAAAACAUUCACAAUAAGAAAAGCUACGAGUGUGAGCAGUGCCACAAGACUUUCGUGUGGAAAAGCUUACUGAGACAGCAUCAGAACGUGCACACAAAGGAAAUCCAGUUCUCCUGUGACCAGUGUGGGAAAGAGUUUUAUGAAAAGGCCAAGCUAAAUAAACACAUGGACUCCCACAAAACAGAGCGGCCUUUUACCUGUGACCUCUGUGGGGCGGCUUUCAAAACAAAAAGACAUGAACAAAUCCAUCAGAAGGCGCACAUAACAGAGAAGAACCACGUGUGUGAUGUAUGUGGCCGGGCGUUUGCUGACCUCUCAUAUUUGAAAAGACAUAAAGUCAUUCACAUGGACAAACCUCAUGGAUGCAAUCAGUGCAGAAAGACCUUCGCUCGACCUGAGGAGUUACAGUCUCACCUUCUAAGCCACGCUCAGACAAACUCAGAGGAGAAAAUCAUGCCUAAGCCAGUAGUGUGCGACCAGUGUGGGAGAGGAUUCAAAACCAAGGCUUUGUACGCAUACCACUAUUACGUCCACACCAGGCACAAGCUGUUUCCAUGCGACCAGUGUGACAGUGUCCUGUACACAGCCAAGGCUCUGAAGGCACAUCUGCAGGCCCACGCUAAAGCACAGCAACAGAAAGGACCAGAAAACAAGAACACUCAAAACAAGAUCAAACCUGGAGACAACUCUUUCACUUUAAAACGACUGGAAAUCCGCCUGCACCGAAUCCCAGACUCCCACUGAAGGUCUCAUGCUCCAGCAGCCAAAUAACAAUGAGCUUCUGGAGGACUUUGACACAUUUUGACAUUUAUUUGCAAUGUUUUUAGUUGUGAUUAAAUAACGAUACCAAAAGUAAGUAGUAAUGCAGUAACUAAGUAGUAGUGUUUUACAGUUGAUUUAGAUUGAUCUGAGAUUGAGCUGAUUUAAAACAAACUAUAAUAAAAAGUUUGUUUGUAUGAUUCUGUGGUGAACUGAAUAAUCACAAUGACUGAACUGAAUGCUAUUAUCAUCAUUACAUGUAACUCACAUUGUCCCAGUGCACAUUAUCCAAAAUACAGCUUGAAAAAAACUUUACAAAGAUGAUAGUCUCUCUAAUAGAAGGUUCACGUGUGUCUGUAAGUCUAUAUAUAAAAUAAAAAUUCACUUAUUUGGUUAACAUAUAAAAAAGGCAGAAGGAUUUACUUAAGUGUUUCACCUCAGGUCUGUGAUGUGGCGUUUGUGUAACAUGUGGAAUGGUGUGCAGGUCACCAGGACCUCUUGACUCCUCUAUAUUAACUCUUAGUCCUAGUUUUUGAAAUGUUUACUGUCAUGGAAAAUUGUCUUUUUAAAAUAAUAAACAUCUGUUGAAGCAGUAAAGUAAUAGUUUUUUCAUAUCUUUUCAAAGAGAGACAGAGGACAAGUGUGUUCACUGCAGGGUUGAAACUCUGUGAAGCAGCAUCAGACUUACAAAGCAAAGUAUCCAAGGACAGUUACUCCCUGUAAGGAGGAACCGAGCUCUCCCCAAACAGGAUGUGAAACAGACACACGAGAACUGUGAAAACGGCACGAAGAAGCGACAACGGUAUUUUCCUAUUACAUUAACUUCAAUCUUAAGUCUGGGGUAUAACAUCUCUGUAUGCAUAAUCAUACUUAGCAUAGGGAAAGAAAACACUGUCAGGGACAGGCACUUUUAUAAUUCUGUUUUAAUAAAUCUGAGAGUAUGAUUCAAGACAA